AUGCAGUAUUUGAAUAUCGAAUCUUGGGAUAUUCCAAAGGAAUUAACUCUCGCUGAUCCAGAUUUUAACAAACCUGGCCGAAUAGAUUGCCUGUUAGGAGCAGAGAUCUUUUUCAAGUUACUUAUUGAAGGUCAAAUAAAACUAGCAGGUAGUCUUCCAACACUUCAGAAUUCUAUUUUUGGAUGGGUAUUAGCUGGCAAUGUUGAAACUUCAAAUUCAAGCACAGCAACUUGUGGCAUAUGCACUACUAAGGAACUAGAGGAAUCUAUAUUGAAAUUCUGGGAAUCAGAAGAAAUUCCAGAUUCAACUUUGGAACUCACAGAAGACGAAUUGCGUUGUGAGUCACAUUUUUUGCAACACACUUUUCGAGGAAGUGAUGGCAGAUUUGUUGUGAAACUCCCACUAAAGAAUCAUCCAUCAGUGUUACCAGAUACAAAAGGAAUCGUUUACAAGAGGUUCAAGACAAUCGAGCGCCGUUUCAUUCAAAAUCCUGAUCUAAGGAAUCAAUAUGUUUCAUUUAUGAGGGAAUAUGAAGCAUUGGGACACAUGACAAAAUUCAGCGGUAGCGAAAUAAUAUCUCCCCAAUAUUUCAUUCCUCACCACUGUGUGCUACGUCCAGACAGCUCAACAUCAAAACUGCGAGUUGUAUUUGACGCAUCAGUACACAAAUUAUCAGGGCCAUCACUAAAUGACAUAAUGUUUAAUGGUCCAAAAGUUCAAGAAGAACUGUUUUCGAUUUUGCUCAGAUUUAGAAUGCACAAAUAUGUUUUAAAAACUGAUGUGGAAAAAAUGUACCGUCAAAUAUGGGUUAACAAAGAUGAUCGAAAUCUGCAACUCAUAAUGUGGCGAGAAAAUCCCACAGAAUCACUUAAUUAUUAUCAGUUGAACACAGUUACUUAUGGCACAAGAGCAGCGUCAUAUUUAGCAACACGCUGUCUAACAAAAUUGGCGGAUGAAUAUCAAGGAAAUUAUUUAUAUGGUGCCACAUCUUUAAAAAGGGAUUUUUAUGUUGACGACGGUCUCAUAGGAGCUGAUACCAUCAACGAAGCGUUACUAAUUCAACAACAAUUAAUAACAAUUCUAGACAAGGCUGGAAUGAAACUAAAAAAAAUGGCGUGCAAACAACCCAAAACUUUUACAUGGAAUCAGAAGAUCAAGAAGUAA